AUGCAGGCGAGUGCUUCUCGUGUAACCCAUAGCGCGCCUCUCUUAGCACGUCACCGGCUUCACGCUCACCCUCUGCUGGCCUUACCUGCUGCUCUGUCCCCCUCGUUCCCCCCUCUCCUUCCCCUUGUUUCCCCCUCUGCUCCCCCUCGUUCCCCCCUCUCCUUCCCCUUGUUUCCCCCUCUGCUCCCCCUCGUUCCCCCCUCUCCUUCCCCUUGUUUCCCCCUCUGCUCCCCCUCGUUCCGCCCUCUCCUCUGCUCCCCCUCGUUCCCCCCUCUCCUUCCCCUUAUUUCUCCCUCUGCUUCCCCUUGUUCCCCCCUCUCCUUCCCAUCAUUUUCCCUUCUGAUCCCCCCUGUUCCCCCAACUCCUACCCCUUGUUUCCCCCUCGGCUCCCCCUCGUUCCCCCCUCUCCAUCCCAUCAUUUCCCCCUCUGCUUCCCCUCGUUCCCCCUCUCCAUCCCCUGAUUUCCCUCCCCUUUCCCCCACUGCUCCCUCUCAUCACCUCCCCUGCUCCCUCUCAUUACCUCCCCUGCUCCCUCUCAUCACCUCCCCUGCUCCCUCUCAUUACCUCCCCUGCUCCCUCUCAUCACCUCCCCUGCUCCCUCUCAUCACCUCCCCUGCUCCCUCUCAUUACCUCCCCUGCUCCCUCUCAUCACCUCCCCUGCUCCCUCUCAUUACCUCCCCUGCUCCCUCUCAUCACCUCCCCUGCUCCCUCUCAUCACCUCCCCUGCUCCCUCUCAUCACCUUCCCUGCUCCCUCUCAUCACCUCCCCUGCUCCCUCUCAUCACCUCCCCUGCUCCCUCUCAUCACCUCCCCUGCUCCCUCUCAUCACCUCCCCUGCUCCCUCUCAUCACCUCCCCUGCUCCCUCUCAUUACGUCCCCUGCUCCCUCUCAUCACCUCCCCUGCUCCCUCUCAUUACCUCCCCUGCUCCCUCUCAUCACCUCCCCUGCUCCCUCUCAUCACCUCCCCUGCUCCCUCUCAUCACCUCCCCUGCUCCCUCUCAUUACCUCCCCUGCUCCCUCUCAUCACCUCCCCUGCUCCCUCUCAUUACCUCCCCUGCUCCCUCUCAUCACCUCCCCUGCUCCCUCUCAUUACCUCCCCUGCUCGCUCUCAUCACCUCCCCUGCUCCCUCUCAUCACCUCCCCUGCUCCCUCUCAUCACCUCCCCUGCUCCCUCUCAUCACCUCCCCUGCUCCCUCUCAUCACCUCCCCUGCUCCCUCUCAUUACCUUCCCUGCUCCCUCUCAUCACCUCCCCUGCUCCCUCUCAUUACCUCCCCUGCUCCCUCUCAUCACCUCCCCUGCUCCCUCUCAUCACCUCCCCUGCUCCCUCUCAUCACCUCCCCUGCUCCCUCUCAUCACCUCCCCUGCUCCCUCUCAUUACCUCCCCUGCUCCCUCUCAUUACCUCCCCUGCUCCCUCUCAUCACCUCCCCUGCUCCCUCUCAUUACCUCCCCUGCUCCCUCUCAUCACCUCCCCUGCUCCCUCUCAUUACCUCCCCUGCUCCCUCUCAUCACCUCCCCUGCUCCCUCUCAUCACCUCCCCUGCUCCCUCUCAUCACCUCCCCUGCUCCCUCUCAUCACCUCCCCUGCUCCCUCUCAUCACCUCCCCUGCUCCCUCUCAUCACCUCCCCUGCUCCCUCUCAUCACCUCCCCUGCUCCCUCUCAUCACCUCCCCUGCUCCCUCUCAUCACCUCCCCUGCUCCCUCUCAUUACCUCCCCUGCUCCCUCUCAUCACCUCCCCUGCUCCCUCUCAUUACCUCCCCUGCUCCCUCUCAUCACCUCCCCUGCUCCCUCUCAUCACCUCCCCUGCUCCCUCUCAUCACCUCCCCUGCUCCCUCUCAUCACCUCCCCUGCUCCCUCUCAUUGCCUCUCUUCUCAUCUUUUCGCCCUCUGCUUCCCCUCUUCUCCCCUAA